AUGAACAACGUCGACCUGGGCAACCAGUACAAGAAGAUCAUCCAGUUCUUCUGGGACCCAGAACCGAAGAACGAUGACAGCGGACAGCCCAUCUGGUGUCUGGGGUGCGAGUACCGGCAGCCAGAGGACGACACUCUCUCGCAGUCGCAGUCGCAGUCGCAGGCAUCUAUCUUGACUGAGCGAGCGGGAGAGCCGGUGGACAUCACCAACAGAGCAGACACAUCCAAGCCUACAGCUACAUCUACAACUACAUCUACAACUGCAGUUACAGAGGGACGAACAUCGACAGACAGACCACCGACACCCGGCUCAGCUAUAUCCUCGUUUGUCAACCUGGCAUCACCAAUAUCACCGUCAGCAGCAGGCACAGGCACAGAGAGCAGUAGUACGCCAGAAUGGCCGCCGCAGUUCCUAGACGACUUCGAGUCUAGGCUGUGGAUAACGUAUAGAUCCCAGUUCCCGCCCAUACCCAAGAUGCCCAAGACGGGCAGCAGUGACUCGUCCAUGCCGCUGGGGGUGCGUCUACGCAGCCAGCUCAUCGAUACCCAGGGCUUCACUUCAGACACCGGCUGGGGAUGCAUGAUCCGGUCCGGCCAGGCCCUGCUCGCCAACACCCUCCUCUUCCUCAGACUCGGACGUGACUGGCGGCGAGGGAGCAAAAUACAGGAAGAGAGCGAGCUGGUGUCACUGUUUGCCGACCACCCGCGAGCUCCCUUCUCCAUUCACCGGUUUGUGCAACACGGAGCCACUGCAUGCGGCAAAUGUCCUGGAGAGUGGUUUGGCCCCUCGGCAGCAGCACAGUGCAUCCAGGCGCUGGUCAAGAGCAACCCGCAGGCCGGGCUGAGGGUGUAUGUUACCAAUGACGGAUCAGACAUCUACGAGCGGCAGUUUAGGGAGGUUGCCUGCGACGAGAGCGGCAGCAUCAAGCCUACCCUGAUCCUGCUGGGUGUGAGACUGGGCAUCGACCGGGUCACUCCCAUCUACUGGGACUCUCUCAAGGCCCUCCUCCACUACCCCCAAUCAGUCGGCAUCGCCGGAGGCCGGCCGUCGUCGUCCCACUACUUUAUCGCGACGCAGGGAGACAGUUUCUUCUAUCUGGACCCUCACCAGACGCGUCCCUGCCUGGCUCCCCGCAGUGAACCCACCGAGGACGAGGAGAGCCAUCCUUACAGCCCCGAGGAGCUAUCUACGUACCACACGCGUCGGCUGAGGAGACUGCACGUCCGGGAGAUGGAUCCGAGCAUGCUCAUCGGCCUUUUGGUGCGUGACGAGGGCGACUGGGAGGACCUGAAGAGCCGGGUCAAAGAGGGCAAGGCGAGAGGCAGGAUCAUCCACGUCUUUGACCGUGAUCCCAACGUGAGGGAGACUGAGCGAGAGGGAGCCGAAGAGGAAGUUGAAUCAUUCGACGAGAUAUAG